UCCGCGUGAGGGUGUCGGGCGCCCCCCCCCCUUUGGCAACUCGCUCCCCAUCUCCGCCCCCCCAUCCGGGUGUCUCCCGCUCCGGCCUCUCUCCCGUCACCCCCGCCGGUAGGCCCCCGUCCCGCAGCGCCGGGGGGCUGGGGCAGGGGCAGGCGGGCUGCCGGGUCCUGCCUGCGACCCCCCCCUGUGCCGGGAACCUGGCUGCGCCCCAGAGCCUGCUCCCCACCCGCGUCCCCCGGGCCUGCAGCGGGGCAGGGAGCUGUGGGGGGGCUCCCUGGGCUCGGGCACCAACGGCUUCCUCCCCCCCACUCGGGGCUCGGCUGGGACCCAGAAAAUAAAUGAAUGCUAAUGGGACAGCCAUUUCCCUGAAGUUCAGGUUUUCAGGCUGGCUGCCAUGAUGGAUGAUCAGUCUUUGAAUUCAAUCGAGCAGCAAGCUUUGAAUUCAAUCAUGCAGGAUCUGGCUGUCCUUCAUAAGGCUAGUCGUCCUGCAUUGCCAGUACAAGAAACAGGCAAACCAAAAUCAUCUUCACCCAAAAAACAGAAUGAUGUUAGAGUCAAAUUCGAACACCGAGGUGAAAAAAGGAUUCUACAAUUUCCUAGGCCUGUCAAACUAGAAGAUCUUGCAUCUAAAGCAAAAGUUGCUUUUGGUCAGCCUAUGGACUUGCAUUACAGCAAUAAUGAGCUGGUGAUUCCGUUAACCACACAGGAUGAUUUGGACAAAGCUGUUGAACUGCUAGAUCGUAGUGUUCACAUGAAGAGCCUCAAGAUAUUGCUUGUAAUACAUGGAAAUUCACAGGUUCCUGUCCUAAGUAACAUGGAACCAUUGCCAUCACUGGAAGAUUUGGAUAAUACAGUGUUUGGAGUGGCAGAGAGGAAAAACAGGCUGUCUGUAAUAGGUUCUAAUACACGUGAUAGAAGUUCACCUCCCCCGGGGUACAUACCAGAUGAGCUGAACCAGGUGGUACGAAAUGGAUCAUUCACUAGUAUCAAUAGUGAAGGCGAGUUCAUUCCAGAAAGCAUGGAUCAAAUGCUGGAUCCAUUGUCCUUGAGCAGUCCUGAAAACUCUGGCUCAGGAAGCUGUCCCUCACUUGACAGUCCUUUAGAUGGAGACAGCUACCCCAAAUCUCGGAUGCCACGAGCACAGAGCUAUCCAGAUAACCACCAGGAGUUUUCAGACUAUGAUAUCCCAAUAUUUGAGAAAUUUGGAAAAGGCGGGACUUAUCCCCGAAGGUAUCAUAUUUCAUAUCAUCACCAAGAUUACAAUGAUGGUCGUAAAACUUUUCCAAGGGCCAGAAGGACCCAGGGGAACAGCUUCCGGUCUCCAGUCAGUUUCAGCCCCACCGAUCACUCCCUGAGUACAAGCAGUGGGAGUAGCACUUUUACUCCAGAGUAUGAGGAGACCCGAAUGAGAAGAAGGGGAAGUGACAUAGACAAUCCUACCCUGUCAGUAAUGGACAUCAGCCCACCUAGCCGCUCACCACGAGCACCAACUAACUGGAGACUUGGCAAGCUGCUGGGUCAAGGUGCUUUUGGCAGAGUAUAUCUAUGUUAUGACGCUGACACCGGAAGAGAAUUGGCUGUUAAACAAGUUCAAUUUGACCCUGACAGUCCAGAGACGAGCAAGGAGGUAAAUGCACUUGAAUGUGAGAUUCAGCUGUUGAAAAACCUGCUGCAUGAAAGAAUUGUUCAGUAUUAUGGCUGCUUGAGGGAUCCCUCUGAAAGAACACUCUCUAUAUUCAUGGAAUACAUGCCAGGGGGUUCCAUUAAGGACCAGUUAAAAGCAUAUGGAGCACUCACAGAGAAUGUGACCCGAAAAUACACACGGCAGAUUUUGGAGGGAGUUUACUAUUUGCACAGUAAUAUGAUUGUACAUAGAGAUAUUAAAGGAGCAAAUAUUCUGCGGGAUUCAGCAGGCAAUGUGAAGCUAGGUGAUUUCGGUGCCAGCAAGCGACUUCAGACUAUCUGUCUCUCUGGCACGGGAAUGAAAUCUGUCAUGGGGACUCCAUACUGGAUGAGUCCCGAAGUUAUCAGUGGAGAAGGGUAUGGGAGAAAAGCAGAUAUCUGGAGCGUAGGUUGUACGGUGGUGGAAAUGCUCACUGAGAAACCCCCUUGGGCAGAGUAUGAAGCAAUGGCUGCCAUCUUUAAAAUUGCCACCCAGCCAACCAGUCCACAGCUGCCACCUCAUGUCUCGGACCAUAGUCGGGAUUUCCUUAAGCGGAUUUUUAUCGAGGCCAAGUUGCGACCAUCUGCAGAUGAACUGCUAAGACACACAUUUGCACAUUAUCACUAACAGCCUGCCUCAACUCAGCUUGCAUCUACUGCAUUUAUUUUCUAUUUGACUGCACUUUUAUUUUUAUUUUUUUACAAAAAAAGGAGAAAAAAGACAAGAGAGAAAACAUUUCUCUUGAUUCUUUGUUUUACUUAGAUUAUAAGCAAGAAUCUAAAUUUUUGUAUUUAGAAUGAGGGUCUCUUCUCCUCUCCCCCGCCCCCCAACAGGACCCAGAACCUUUUGUUUCUGUAAUGUACUGAUGUGGUUCACAAAGAUAAAGCACUUUAGUACAUAUUCAUUCCUUAACUAAGGGGAAAACAGACAUAUGACUUGGACUGUCAAGAACUGUAACUUUUUCUAACACCGCUGACUGUCUCAGGAUGCAGGGAAAAAUACAGCAGCAGCUAGCACGCAGGGAGAAGAAAAUCAUCAUCUGUGAUUUGUUCUUUGUACUGUAGGUAGUUGCUGCUGAGGGUUUUAAGUUAAAUUUUAGCUUGUUAAUCAGUUUCUGAAUAUCACACUUGAGGCAUGAACCCACAGUUCUGGAAAUGAAUUAGAAAGCUCAAAGAACUUAGAACCCUCAGUAGAGAGUGCUCUGCAUAAUAGAGCACCUGCCUGACACUUCCUUUGUGACCAAAAGAAAAUAAGGCAGGAACAUAACUCUAAAUGAGUAGUUGGUGGGAGCUGUUAUAAAGUUAUUUUAUUACCUUCAUAGAACAAGAAUUACAGGUAAAUCAAAGAUUAUAGAUCCAAACUCCUAGAGACUGCAAAGCUCAGGGGGUAGUCUCCAUAAUGAAGAAACAAAAAAUAACCAAAAAGAUCAACAGAUAAAUAAAAAUAAUACCCCCUGCAGCUGCCAAAGAUAUGCCUACCAUAUAAGUUAAAAGGGUGUGGGGGGGGUCACUUUCCUUAGGUGAUGGUAAGACACAAAAUGGUGUGAGAUAAAGUCCUUCACCAUCCAAUGAAAUGCAAAGAAAAAAAUUAAUCCUUAUCUACUGUAUGCAUCAUCUGACUAUCAAAAUUAUCUGCAAGGAAUAAGCGAUUCAGAACAAUUGUCAGAGACUGAGAAGGAAUGUAUUUUGAAGGUCAUGCACCUGAAUAUAACAAUCCUUCUUAAAUUGUUUUCAAUGAAAUUGUUUUAAUAACACAAUCCAGUUAUUAGGAUGUUUGAAAAAGUCCCUGAAAUAAAAUGAAUUCUAAUUCCUUGUGUCUAAUUCCGUUAGUGUCAAAUGAUGACAAGGCACUUCAAGCCUUCUUUGGUCAUAUUUUUCAAGCCGCAAUGAUGAUAAAAAUAACAUUAAAAUGCCUCUUUCCUAGGGAAAGCCUUAAAAGCAAUCAACAUAGAAACAUCAGGGACGGACCACACAGAAAAAGUGGACUAUUUUUAAAGCUGCGUGUGUGACACAGCAAUAGUACGUGAAUUUUGAAAAUGAAGUCCAACUAAACAAAGAGCAGCGGCACACCGUCAUGUUGAGUUUUACAUUAAAAAUGACCAAAGAUGUAAAAGGAACAAAGCAGCUAAACAGGAUGAGUCUCUAAUUUCGCAAUCCAGAAGGAUCAAACUGUGCUAGAUCUCAGUCAUAAAAUGUUUAUUCAUCUUUUCCAUCUCUAGAACAGGGUAAUAAAAGUAAAAUUCGGAGACACGAUCUCACAGGCCUUGAACAGCUCCACUGAAAAAUACUAAUGAGAAGCAUGGACUAAGGGUUGGUCUACACUACCCCCCCCAAUUCGAACUAAGGUACGCAACUUCAGCUACGUGAAUAACGUAGCUGAAGUCGAAGUACCUUAGUUCGAACUUACCUUGGUCCACACGCGGCAGGCAGGCUCCCCCGUCGACUCCGCGGUACUCCUCUCGCCGAGCUGGAGUACCGCAGUCGACGGCGAGCACUUCCGGGUUCGACUUAUCGCGUCCAGACUAGACGCGAUAAGUCGAACCCAGAACUUCGAUUUCCAGCCGUCGAACUACCUGGUAAGUGUAGCCAAGGCCUAACUGACUUCACUUUAGAGAGAGAAGUCAAACCCUCCCAUUUUUAUAAAAGUAGACAAUAUACAGAAUUUGAGAGAGAGUUUGGAAAUAAGUUCUUUGACCUAUAUAACUUAAGUUUGAUUCUUGCUAGUAUGGCUGAUUCACUAGUUGUCUGUCUUUCCCUCCCAGUUCUGUAAAGACAGAAUGUGUUGAUGCUUUGGACAUCAAACCAUUCUGACAAGGAUGGUCCCAAGAGUCCACUCUGCUUUAUGUCUUUAUUAGGACUAUCAAAAGCUUGAGGUGGGUGAAAAUAAAGAAAUGAAUGUCGGUGCUACAAUGAGAAAUUAGUGUUGGCUCAUGUGACAGACUCUUGAGGUUUCUGAAUUUUUAUUUUUCUAAUUUAGCUGCUAAAUUCUGUAUCAGCAGCAUAACUAGGAGUCUGGGUCUAUCCUAAUCCAUUUACCUGUAAUAGGUUAUCAGUUGUUCUUCUACUGGGGCCACUAUCACAAUAUUUUGGGCAGGUGGCCUAUUCCAGUUGUCUGUUUUCUGUAAUUAUUGUGACUUUUAUCUGGUUGGUCAUUUUGUUGGUCACGGUAAGCAGCAGUGCAGGGUUUACAUGCAUGAGAUGAGAGUUCAAUCAGGGAAAACCCAUGGGCCAAAAUUAAAGUAAACUUGUGUUCACUUUCUUUGGCUUCUUUGUCACUCGAUGGAAGCAGCCUCUGGAAAGAAUCUGCAUGAACCUUUGUGCUUUAAAGGACCUUUGCUUCAUAAGCAAAAUUUAGUGGCAGCGGGGACAGUAGGGAGAGUUAUGUAGAGACUGUCUUUAAAAUACAGUAGAACCUCAGAGUUAUGAACACUAGAGUUACGAACUGACUGGUGAACCACACACCUCAUUUUUAACCAGAAGUACAUAAUCGGGCAGCAGAGACGGGAAAAUAAAAAAAACAAAUACUGUACAGCACAGUACUGUGUUAAAUGUAAACUACUAAAAAAGUAAAGUUUUUAAAAAAAGAUUUGACAACGUAAGGAAACUGUGUCUGUGCUUAUUUCAUUUAAAUUAAGAUGGUUAAAGCAGCAUUUUUCUUCUGCACAGUAAAGGUUCAAAGCUGUAUUUAAGUCAAUGUUCAGUUGUAAACUUUGGAAAGAAUCACCGUAACGUUUUGUUCAGAGUUAUGAACAUUUCAGAGUUAUGAACAACCUCCAUUCCUGAGAUGUUUGUAACUCUGAGGUUCUACUGUAGACUAAUAGUUUACAUAAUGUACAAACCAUAUAUCUGAAAUUGAUUUCAAAAGAAUUAAGAAGGUACCAAAAACCAAGCUAAAAAUGUACAUAUAUAAUAGUCGGUAUCUGAAAGGGUAAGAAAGUUGUUUAUAUUACCAAAAAGUACAGAAAAGGAACGUUAAAGGGAAAAUUGAAUCAGGUUUAACUGCAGCACUCAGAAAUUUUAAAGAUACUUUUGGAUCAAUAAAAGAAACUGUACUCUCUGAAGCUUGAAGUUUUCUAAAAAUAUACCCUGUUUGCAAGGCAGAGUUGGCUUCUCUAUACUGCAGUGUUAUUUCUUAGCUGUGACUGGGGAGAAAAAAACAAAAUAAGACUGCUGCUUUUGUGCCUUUUUAAAAGAUAGUGCUUUCGGUCUGGACAAUGGUAAACUUGUUUGAGAUCGGGAAAAGUGAGAACUUGCAGAAUAAUACAGAGUUUUUAAAACUUUUAGGCAUAGCUUUCCCCUUAAAAUAUAAUUCCAUCUGGAUUGUAAAUUAUUGGACAUCUCAAAAAACUACUGAGGCAAUAUAGUACCUCUUUAAUGAUGACUAAUUUCACCAGUUUUGUUGUUUAUGAUUAAGAUCUCGUCAUAUGAAUUACAAGAAGGACUGAACUAUUGUUUUUACCCUUGGGAGAACCUGCCAACUGACCUAAGCUACUUAUGUAUAACCCUUUAAACAAUUACUGUAUAAAUUAAAAAUGUAUAUUUUGAGCUAGAAAUAGGAAUUAUUGAAGCCAGUCAAAUUCUACCUUUUGAGAAACAGGCAGUAUAUUCAUCCCCUUGCAUGUUGCAUUUUUGGAAACUUGGUAAAGUCAAGUUGAGGUAAAAUGAUUUUUGCAUUAUCUGCUUUUAAUGACGGUACAGUAGAUCCCUUCAUGUCUAUAAAGCAUCUAGCACACCACUGGCACUAUAACUAGUAAAAUUUAUGUCCAUAAUUCUGAAGGUGCAUGGAGCUGCAUGAUUAAAAUCCCAUUGAAGAUGAGGGUCAUGAAGCAAGAUUUCUCUGUGCCACUUUGAAUAACCUACCAACUAACAUUACAGUAUUUUAGAAUCAUUAACUUGUGAGUGCUAAGUCCAGUUAUGAGAAAAUGUCAGUGGGACAGAAUGUUGUCACAGAGUUAUGGUCUCCUAUGUAAAUACCAAAGCAGAACUGGACUUAUAGAAAAUAAGUGUUAAGAUUUAUUGGGAGAGUAGAAAUGCUUAUUUUUCAAAUCAGGCGCUAUUGAUCUGGCAUCUAUUUUUUAGUACACUGACUUUAUUUCUGUUACACCUGUGUAGUAAUAAAUAUUUAACAACUUGUCUGUAAAUUGGUUUUAAUAGUGAGUUAGUCUCUGCAUAAUUCUGAUAUGCUGCAUUCCCAUUGGCUUACAUAACAGGUUGGGUUGUACUUCAGCCAGUCAGAAACAAGCUUAUUAAUUAAACUACAGUUUUCUGUGUAUUUUUUAAUAAGCUGGUUUCUAUGUGAUAGAAAUGGAGAAAAAUAUGAACAGCAGCUGGCUGGCACAGACUCCAUUUAGUGUAAAAACAAACAGCGUGCUUUGCUUCAAGUUCAGUCCUGUCUGAGGGGAAAAUGUCCAUUGAUAAUUUUAAGAAAAUGCUUACUUUACAAAAACGAAUUGUGAAUGGAAUUGCAGCGCAUCUACAGUAGCAGUAUGGUUAAAUCUAAAACACAAACUAUACUUUUUGCAUACAUAAUUCUUUCCAUUUUGUUUUAGGCAACAUUUUUGUGUAAUAGUUGAGGGUACGUUUCUAAUUGAGUUAAACUGUCCUUUUGGUUAUAAUAUUGAAAAAUAAUUUAACAGCUGUCUCUUCAGCUAGUGCCUUUUUAUCUGUAUGCCUUAAUUUUGUUUGUGUAUAGACACCAUAUUUAAAUCAUAUGGCUGUCUAAUCAUUCAGUGCCACCAAAAUAGUCUUUAAAAAUAUAUGCAAGGUUCCAAGGCAGAACUCAUUAACUGUAUCAAAAGUUGUAAUUUAACUAGUAUCUGUAGCAGAGUUUUAGGUUGAGAUUUUACUACAGUUGUUUUUAAAUGAUAAAAAUACUUAGCACCUACAGUGCUCUCCUACUGUACAAACAUUCCAGCAAGGAUGUUAGUGUUAUCCCCAUUUUACAGAUUGGAAAACUGAGACACAGGCUAGAUAACUUGCCCAAGGUUAUAGACUUAGACAUGCCACUUGCUAUACGUGGUACUGUACUAUAAUAAAUGAAGUUUGGCUAAGAAAAGUGUACAGUAGUAUUGGCUAGGUCUUAACAAAUUAGCAGAUAGUUCAAAUGCGCUACCUUUGUUUCCAAUAAUAUUGUGUUCUCUUCUUUUAAAUAAUCCUAACCCUGCCAUUGUCUUGAAUGAAAGCUUUCCUGCUAGAAGCAGAAGGUACAGUGCAGUGUAGGAAGCCAUUCCUUCAGACAACAUUGAGCAAUGUCAAACUGCAGCUUCAGAGACUUGAGCAAAUUGGUCAGAUUUACAGUUUAGGACUAAAUGUAUUUGUUAGCUUUUUAAUCCUCUAGCUCUUUAAACUUUAUCAUGAAUAUAAAAAAGCAUAUUUUGUGUGCUUGAAUGCAAGUCCAUAUGGUGUUUUUUGGAUUAGCAAAGGUAUUAUUGCCCAUACCAUUUCUUAUUGCUGGGAACUUCCUAUCUUGUAUUCAUGACAAGUAUGCAGUGUCAAAUCACUUAAAAAACCAAAGCUUUUCUAUCCCCUCUACAAGAGCCAAAAGUGAUGUUUUGUAGACUAGUACUGUUACUCAUCCUUAUCUACCAGUAAGCUAUUGCUAAAUAGAAUAGAACAGGCACUAGUAAAAGUUAUGUCCAGCACUGCCCAUUUUUAAGGAUAGGUUUGGAUUUUCAUUGUUGCUGUUUUGAGAUGCAAAAUUCAUUCCAGCAUUAAAAUGAAAAGUUUGAACAAAACUCUACACAAUCUUAUUGACAUCACUAACAUAAGGCACAAACUUGGUGAUUAAAUUCCUUUCCUAUGACAUUCUUUAUAGCCAAGUUUUUAGCUUGGGGGCAUUUAAGGAAAGCCAUGAAGAAAAGUAGAUAUAUGAUCUGAACUGCUCAUAGUGCCACAGCAAACAAGAACACUUCAGAGGUUGUUGGGGGAAGCAGUCCUUUUAAUUUAAGAGCCAAAUCUCACCCCUAGAUACACGGGACUUCCACUGCCCUUAAGGGGAGAGCCAUGAAUGCACACUGGAGGAAGCAGAAUUUCCCCCAAGAUAGGAUUUCUAAGUCAUUAAACUCCAGAUCAGGAACAAAGAGUGCUUUUGCAUUUAACCUCUAUUUAGUUUGUUUUAAUUUGCUUUGACUUUACUUCAGUACCUUUUUUGGGUCAUAUUUAAGUUCUGCCAUUAGCAAAACCUUGGGGAAAAUCUGUAGCAAGAAAACUGUAGUUCAGUUGACCUCUCAUGUAUUGAAAAGACGGAAUUUAGUAAGCUCAUUUUGACUAGCUCUUCGUUUUUUUCCAUUAGUUUUUUUAAAAGGGGUGAAAAACUGGAUGAAAAUUAGUGAAAAUUUGGACCUGAUCAUUCAAUUGUUAUGCUGGUGGAACUCCUGCUGGUAAGGAUUGCAGGACCAGGCUCCUUAUGGGGAGAAGAGAAGAAAGAGAAUAUGGGUUUACACUGAACGUAGGGUGGGAAAUAUUUCAAAAAGUUUUGCAUCUUUUCCCCCGAUAAUAGUUCUUCUCUCUCCCCUCUCCCCCAAGAAUAUAUAAAUGUGGAUAUAAAGACAAGCAUUGCAUUUUUUGUCAGUUUCACAGUGUUUAUCUUUCCCUAAUACUGGUUUAAAUCUUGAUGUCAUUCAUUCUAAAAUGUAAAUGGUUUAUUAAAACUUGUCUGCCAUCUCAGAUGUGUCACAGUUCAUUUAAUGGAAUAUCAUUGUAAAUAAAUGUUGGAGACUUGGAUAAGUUUGAAAGUAGGCUUUUUAAUUUUCACAAUGCUAUGAAUAAAUGUGUAAAUUUGCCCUUUUGAUCUAAUGUACAUUUUUAUGUAGCUGUUAAAUUCUCUAUAUUUAAUCUAUCCGUUUCUCUCUGUAAAUGUUUUUACUCUCAGUUGAAUGCUGGGCACAGUUUGUAAUGUAUGUACACAAAGGUGUUUUUUUCUAUCAAUGUUGACUUUUUUGCACAUUUUUGAAAAUGUUUAAUUUGUACACUGAUUUAAUACUCUGACCAAUUGUUGAUGGGCGUAUGAGAAUCAUGUAUGUGUGCAAUGUACUACUGUUUGGAUGUAUGUUUUUUAUUACUUUUGAGAUGUUGCUAUCAGUAACUGCACUGCUGUUGCUGCUUUAAAUGGAAUUUCUUGUGUAAAAGUGUAUUAGCCUAUGGUUAUAUCUUGGUUGAGGAACUCAGGAGUUGAGCGUUGCUUACUAGUUCCAUAAUGUGUCUAACAACUUUCCCAACUUUAAAGUAUACUUGUAAUUCUGUGUACGAACUGUGUGUGUGUGUGUGUGUGUGUGUGU